UCACAGUCUAUUCACCCGUGGCUGGGCACACUCGAGCUACAACUAGAUGAAGAACAACCAGCAGGCACUAUUGUGGGUGACAUCAGUGCAGGACUUCCUCCUGGCAUCACAGCAUCAUUGUACUUCAUUUCAGACCACGAGGGCACAGGAGUGGGCAGUGAUUUGGACAUAGAUGGCACAGGCAUUAUUAAAACUGCCAAAGUUCUGGACAGAGAAUUAGAGACAGAUACAACUUUUAUUGCAGUCACCAUGACAGGCGUGACAGUGGAGGUGACUAUCAAGGUGAAUGAUAAUGACCAACGCCCAAGUUCCCCAGAAAACGGGCCACGUAAAUUCCUGAAACAGACUGCUAUCGGCACUCGAUUUCCUCUGAGAGCUGUUGAUAGUGAUAAAGGCCAGCUUACGACACAGGGUUACAUUAUCAAAGAUGAUGUUGGCCAGGCAUUCACCUGGAACCCCAGGAGGGGAAGCAAUGAGGUUCUAUAUCUGGACUUGGUUGCAAUGCCAUCUAGACAGAGAGAAAAGAUCCAUCUAUACUUAUCUCUGGAGGCCUUUGAUGGUUCCCCCAAAAGAACUGAUCAGAUGACAUUAGAUAUUACUGUACAAGACAUCAAUGACAACGCUCCUGUUUUCAACCAGAGCCGCUACCAUGCUAUAAUAUCUGAGAACCUCCAACCAGGAAGCAACAUCCUGCAGGUGUUUGCCACAGAUGCUGAUGAGGGAGACAAUGGGAUGGUGCUGUAUGAGAUCAAUAGGAGACAAAGUGAUCCAGAUCGCUACUUUGUCAUAGACUCUCGCACUGGCAUAAUCACCCAACAGCCGCUGGACUUUGAGAUGAGGAGAGUCCAUGAACUGGUGAUCCAGGCACAAGACAACGCAACCCAGCCAGAAGUGACCAAUGCCUUUGUCACUAUGCAUGUCAGAGUACACGACAACCAGCCCACGAUGACCAUCAUCUUCAGUGAAGAUGGAUCUCCCAGAAUCUCAGAAGGGGCGCAGCCAGGGCAAUAUGUAGCCCGGAUCUCAGUCACUGACCCAGACUAUGGAGAAUAUGCUAACGUCAAUGUGUCACUAGAGGGAGGUGAUGGAAAGUUUGCCCUGACCACCAAAGAUAGCAUAUAUCUCAUCUGUGUGGAUCAGAUUCUGGACCGGGAGGAGAGAGACACCUAUGAGCUGAGGGUGAUGGCGACGGACUCGGGCACACCUCCUCUAAGGGCCGAGUCCUCCUUUAUCAUCCAAGUGACUGACGUCAAUGACACUCCUCUGUUUGACCAGUCAGUGUACAAGCAAGUCAUCCCUGAAGUGGUCUUUCCAGGUAGCUUUGUGCUACAAGUAACAGCAAGAGAUAAAGACCAAGGGCCCAACGGAGACAUAAGCUAUAGCAUCCUACAAGACCAAAGUGUUUACUACAGCUGGUUCAGUAUAGACUCCAUUACAGGCAUUAUCACCACUCUCUAGCUGGAUUAUGAAAAGAACCCUAGUCCCAGUAUAACUGUGGUGGCCACAGAUGGAGGAAAGCCACCCCUUUCCUCCACUGCAGUGGUAAACAUCUUACUUCAGGAUAUAAAUGACAAUGAGCCAGUUUUUGAGAAAAACUUCUACAAUGUGUCCAUCAAGGAAAACACAGCUCCAGGGACCUGUAUUCUUGAGGUGACUGCGAAAGAUGCAGACGGCGGCUCCUUUGGCUCAAUUACCUACUCCCUUGGCUCUGGCAUUAACAGCGCUGUUCCCUCUCAGUUCACAAUUGGCAAGGAGACGGGCCAGAUCUGCACUAGUGCUGUACUAGACAGAGAUCAAGGGCCAGCCAGCUUCGACUUUACUGUUACUGCAGUGGAUGGGGGUGGACUGAGCUCAGUAGCCUAUGUAAAGGUAGAUCUGGCCGACAUUAAUGAUAACAGACCCGCUUUCUACCCACUCAGCUAUGCUGUUAGUUUGAGCACACAGAGUGCUCCUGGGACAUCUGUUGUCAGAGUGACUGCGUAUGACCCGGACUCAGGCGAGAAUGGCAGAAUUACAUACAAAACAGUGCCUGGAGGGGCCUCCCCAUACUUUACCCUCAACAAAGACACAGGUGUUAUCUCCUUGUCUCGGUCUGUCUAUGGGAAAGCCAACUCUGUGAUUCCCAUGGUCAUCUCUGCUCAGGAUGGUGGUGGUCUGGUUGCCCUUGUCAAUGCCAGAGUCAACAUCAGUGUGGUGGCAGGGCUGGUGGCACCGCCUGUGUUUGAACAGACUCAGUACUACUUCACUGUUUCAGAGGAUGUCCUGCGGGGAACAGUUGUAGGCACAGUCCAGGCCAGCAGUAAAACAGGCACCCCUAGAGAUAUUUCCUACACCAUCAGCUCUGGGGACCCUGCAGGCUAUUUCACAGUAGAUCCUGACACCGGGGCCUUGAGAACCAGUCUGCCCCUGGAUCAUGAAGCCCAGUCGGCUCUCGAUUUGGAGGUGCAGGCCCGCAGUGGCAAGCCCCCUGCCUUCGGCCAGACCCGUGUCCACAUUACCAUUGCAGACAUCAACGAUAACCCUCCUGUUUUUCUGCCUUCGUCGUCCGAGUCCCUGCUGCUGCCAGAGCAUACAGAAAUGGGCACAGUGAUAUAUCGCAUCCAAGCUGAGGACAGAGACUCAGGAGUUAAUGGACAACUCUCCUUUGACCUUUCUUCUCCGAGUGCCAGCCAGAGGAUUUUCAGUAUAGAGCGUAGCAGUGGAGAAAUCCGAUUAGUGGGGAGCCUCAACUUUGAAAAUGUGCCCCGUUAUGACCUCCAGGUGAUUGCCAAAGAUAGCGGAGUACCCCAGCUUAGUGCCACCUUCAUGCUUGUGGUUCAUGUCCAGGCAGAGAAUGACCAGGGACCUGUGUUUGAUACCCUCACCUAUCGAGUAGAACUAAAAGAAGGAACCCCCAUAGGCACACGCUUCCUGCAGGUCAGGGCUUUGAAUAGAGAAACCCCUGGCUCAGGUCACUUCAGUCCCCUGGCAUAUUACCUGCGUCCAGACGGAGAUGCAGCAGGGUUUGGAAUUGCUGCAGAGAGUGGCUGGCUGUUUGUGAAGAGUGCCCUGGACAGGGAAGUCAAGGACAUGUAUCUUUUAACGGUUCUGGCCAGUGCAGGUCAUGGACAGCUAAAGAAGACGGGCAGUGCCACAGUGCGGAUAUCGGUGACCGAUGAGAAUGACAACUCUCCCCGGCUCACACAGGAGAGGGUCUUCCUGGCUGUCAGAGAGAACCUGCCUCCAGGAACAGGCUUCGGUCAUGUGUUGGCCUCAGACCGAGACAGUGGCUCCAACGGACGCCUCAGCUACCGUUUCCUGCACCCAGACCGACACUUCCAGAUAAACACCCACACAGGUGAGAUCAGUACAAGGAUGACUCUGGACAGAGAGCAGCAGUCAAGUUACCAGCUGGUGGUGGUGGUACAAGAUGGAGGUUCUCCCACUCGGAGUGCCACAGGCACAGCUUUUAUCACUGUUCUGGACGAUAAUGACAAUGACCCUGUUUUUAGCCACAGUCAGUCAGGCAAGAACAUUGUCAUACAGGUGACAGAAGGUCAGUCUUCUGGUGCUGUACUGGGCACGCUGCAAGCCAAAGAUCCUGAUGAAGGGGAGAAUGGCACCGUUAUAUACUCUUUGUCAGGUCCCAGGGCUGAGCGUUUCUCUUUGAACACCAACACUGGUGAGCUGCGUUCAUCAUCCCCUCUGAGCCACUCGGAGCGGGCCGAGUACUCUCUGAUGGUGACAGCCACUGACAGAGGACUGCCCCCUCGCAGCACCUCCUGCUCCCUCACUAUUCAGGUUAUCAGCAUUAAUAGACCUAUUACUAAGGCCAAUUCACUCUCCAUAUCUUUCAACUCCAUGGAGGAGGCCAAACCUGGAUCUGUUAUUGGUUCAGUUCAGCUCCACAACAGAGGAACCUUAGAGGGUGGGGAGGUGACCUACACAGUGGUGGGAGGUGCAGAUCGAGAUGGGACCUUUGUUGUAGACCGUCUGACUGGUGACGUGUACCUGGCUCGUCCUCUUGACUAUGAACGCGACACUCGCUACAACCUGCAAAUUGAGGUGGAUGACUUCUCUCAAGCCCCUCCCAGCAGCACCCUAGUCCACCUGGACAUUGAUAUAGAAGACAGCAACGACCACACCCCUGAGUUCCCUGAGGACCCCAUCACCGUUGUCAUCUCUGAGAGCAUGGAGCCUGGCUCGUCCGUCUAUGCUUUCCAGGCCACAGAUAAGGAUGGCAGUGGGCCUAACAGCGAGCUAGUGUAUUCUAUUCUCCAUCAGUGGCCAAACACCCCUGGGCUAUUAACCCUCGAGCCCUCCACUGGGAUUCUGUCCUUGGGCCAGAAGCUGGAUUAUGAGAUCAUCACAAAUCUGAUCCUGGUUGUUAAAGCAACAGAUUCUGCCCUCGACGCCAGCCAGAGGCGCUGGAGUUCUGUCACAGCGAGAGUGUAUGUAACCGACGAAAACGACAAUCCACCGGUGUUCAUAUCGCCAACAGCUGUCAGUGUGAUGGAGGACCAGCCAGUGGGCUUUGUGGCUUUGUAUGUGAUGGCUAGAGAUGCUGAUCAAGGGGAGAAUGGAAGAGUAUCCUACAGAAUCCAGUCAGGCAACACUGCAGGAACAUUCAGCCUCAACCCAAACACUGGCUCUCUGUCUAUUUUAAAACCUCUGGACCGUGAGGAGCAGGACAUCUUCAACCUCACUAUAAUCGCUGAAGAUCAUGGGAUACCCCAGCACUCUUCUAGCCAGCUGCUGUGUGUCCACGUGAUUGAUGUUAACGAUGAGGUGCCCUGGUUUGAGGAGAGCCAGUAUGAAGCCCAGAUCUCUGAGAACCAGCCUCCAGGAACUAGUGUGUUGACGGUGUCUGCCUCUGAUCUGGACCAAGGAACCAAUGGACAGGUGACAUAUGGUGGUGUCUCACAUGAGGGUUUCAGCAUCAACCCAGUGACAGGUGUCAUCACAACCACUAAAGCUCUGGACAGGGAGCUUCAGGACUACUACACUGUGACAGUUUAUGCAAAAGAUGGAGGCCUUCCACCCAACUAUGCUAAAGCAACCGUGAGAAUCAAGGUCCUGGAUGUUAAUGACAACGCCCCUGUCUUUGGUCGUCUGUACUACAGCAUAGAGGUGCCUGAAAACCUGGAGGCAUUACCUCUGUUCACCCUGAGAGCCACUGACCCUGAUGCAGAAAACAGUGGAGUGGUAAACUACAGAAUUACAGCUGAAGAUCAGUCUGGAGACUUCCACUUGGACAGACAGUCAGGUGUACUGUCCACCUCACGGCCUCUGGAUCGGGAGAGGAAAGGUGGAUACACGCUAACAGUCAUAGCUCAAGACCAGGGCCAGCCUUCCCUCAGCAGCACUGCCACCGUUGAGGUGAUGGUUCUGGACAUCAACGACCACAGUCCACAGUUUCAGAGCAGCAGCUACACUGCAGACAUUUCGGAAGACGUUCCUAUUGGCUCACUGGUCCUGGAGGUGAAAGCCAUUGAUUUGGACUUUGGUCCCAACAGCCAGGUGCUAUAUUUUCUGAGCCGUGGCUCCCAGAGUAUGUUCAUCAUAGACCAGAACACAGGCCGCAUUAUCACAGCAGCACCCCUAGACAGAGAGAGAACUGCCUCAUACACUUUUGAGGUGUGUGCCACUGACUCCUCCCCUGCAAACCCACGUAACUCCACCGCUCAGGUGACAAUCUACAUUCAGGAUGUGAACGACAAUGCCCCCUUCUUCAUUCAGGAUCCACUUAUUGUGAACAUCUCCGCCAGCAGCAUUUCAAACCGCCGUGUGUUGGCCACCAUGAGGGCAGAGGAUAAGGACUUUGGGGCCAAUGGCUCUGUUUUUUAUCGUUUUGCAAACCCUGUGAGGGGCUUCACCAUUAACUCACUGACAGGAGACAUACAGGCUACAGAGAAGCUGCAGACUCUGACACAAAGCCAAAGGACUUUGAUAGUUCAGGCCAUGGAUCAAGGAAACCCAGCUCAAUCUUCCCUGGGGGUGGUUGUUAUUUACAUCAGGGAACAGAGCUACAGGGGGAUUCGCUUCUCCCGCACAGCUAGAGAUGUCAGUCUGCAAGAGAACGCUGCUCAAGGCACAGUGAUAACACAAACUCAGGCCCAGUACCCUGAUGGCUCUAAAACUGGCAUCACCUAUAGUAUUUUCAGUGGAAAUAGACUGGAGUCUUUUGGAAUUAACGCUAUCACUGGUGAAAUAUGGGUCCAGAAGUCUGAUGGACUUGACUAUGAGGAAACCCCAAAACUCCGCCUUGUGGUGAAAGCAGAGACGGCAUCCUCCAGCUCGUAUAUGGCUGUCAACUUGAUCCUGCAGGACGUAAAUGACAACUUGCCGCGCUUCCAACUCCAAAACUAUGUAGCCUACAUUAGGGAGGCACAAGGCUACGAUUUUCCCAUUAUCCAGGUUGCUGCAGAUGAUCUGGACCAGGGUCAAAACGGUCAGGUGACCUAUUCAAUCAGGUCAUCAUCUAUGAGUGGCUUGUUUAAGAUAGACCCACUGACGGGCAGCGUCACCACAGCAGCUAUAAUGGACAGAGAGAUCUGGACGCAAACAAAGCUCGUUGUUACGGCAACAGACCGGGGAACCCCGCGGCUUGCUGGCUCUGCCACCCUCACUGUGAUCAUCAUCGACCUCAACGACAACAGUCCCAUGAUUCCUCUGCCUAGGAAGAUCCGAGUGCCUGAGGAUACACUCAUAGGCACAGUAAUCACCCAGGUAACAGGAAAUGAUGUGGACUCAGGGCCAGCUCUCUCCUACACACUCCAUCUGGAUGUCAACAGCCAGGGCAUGUUUGGGAUUCAUCGUUAUGGGGGAGGAGUGUCUUUGACCGGCCCUCUAGACUAUGAGGAAAGGACGUGGUACACUCUGACAGUCCGCUCAUCUGACUCUAAACAUGAAAGCGAAGCCAACCUCACUGUGCUGGUGGAUGAUGUGAAUGAUAAUGCCCCCAUCUUCACUCAUGACUUGUAUCAGGUGACUGUACCAGAGCACCUCCCAGCAGGCAGCGCAGUCGUCAUAGUAACAGCCACCGACCGUGACUCUGGAGAGAAUGGAAGGAUUACUUACAGAGUAAUGUCAUCAACUAAGGGUGUCUUCUACAUUGACCCAAGCAAUGGUACUCUGUUCAUCCAACAACAAACAGAGUUUGAUUUUGAAAAUCCCUCCAUUUUGGUUGUAAUUGAGGCACGUGACCAGGGUACUCCAUCGCUUUCAUCCAUUGCAACUGUCCAAGUACAAGUGUCCGACGUCAACGACAACGCCCCGGUCUUCCACCAGUCAGAGUACAGAGCCACUGUGUCUGAAGACGGGCUGCCUGGAUCAACUGUUCUGACAUUAGAAGCUGUAGAUGGAGACCUGUUCCGGGACAACUGUGGUUUUGAUUUUGCCAUUGCCAGCGGCAAUUCAGGUAAUGCCUUCCAGAUUGAGAGCAGUGUGCGCUUCUUGGAGGGGCGGGGCUUCCAGACAGUUGGCAGCCUGAUCCUGGUGGAGAACCUGGACUUUGAAGCAGUACCAAGUUAUAACUUGACUGUUGUGGUAUCAGAUCGUGGAAUCCCUCAGCGUAGCUCCAGCGUGCCUAUCCUUAUAAGUGUUACAGAUGCCAAUGACAACCCUCCAGCUUUCAGCCGAACAGAGUACAGUGUGGUACUGAGUGAGGGUACUGCAGCAGGGACUGAGAUCUUGCAUUUAUCUGCUACAGAUUCAGACUCUGCCCCAAACGGAGAGGUGCAGUACUCUAUAAGUUCAGGGGAUGAGACAAACCUUUUCCAGGUGGACCAGUGGACUGGAGCUUUGAGGCUGCAGAGACCUCUGGACAGCAAGACACAACUGUCCCAUAUGAUUGUUGUCCAGGCUACUGACGGUCAAGGACACUAUGCUUUGGCUCCCGUCAGCAUCGAGGUGAAGGAUAUCAAUGAUAACCGGCCCUUCUUCCCCCUCAAACUCGUAACUGCAAGCAUCAGGGAAAACCAACCCCAGAAUGCCUUAGUUACCAUGCUGCAUGCAAUCGACCAUGACAGAGGUGUUUUUGGACAGCUGAGGUACUACAUGUUAGAUACAUCCAAAGAAGGAAAAGAGGGUUUCCUCAUUAAUCAAACUUCAGGCGAAAUACGGACUCGCUCCACUUUUGACUUUGAGAAGGUAAACUCCUUCCAUUUUGUGGCUGUUGCCAUGGAUGCUGGCAACUAUUCUGCUUCUGUAACAGUACAGGUUUAUGUUACAGGGGAGGAUGAAUAUGAUCCUGUUUUCACCUCCUCUGAGUUUUCAUUUGAAGUGCCUGAAGGAGCGAAGAAAGGUCACAUCAUUGGCAAAGUACAAGCUAGAGAUGAGGAUGGAGGCGUGGAUGGCAUCAUCCUCUAUUCUUUACCAGACCAUUCGCCUUAUUUUGAAGUCAAUAAUUCAACUGGAGCAAUUUCUUUAAAGAUGGACAGCUACAGUCGACAUGCGAGUCGCUCUAAAAGAGAGGUGCGGCUGGUGACAUUGGAUGUGACAGCUCACAGUCCUCUGGAGACGUCUCGCAUAGCUGUGGCUAAAGUUACCAUAGAUGUGACCCAUACGUCUUUUGGCCUCACCACAGACAUGAACAUGUUGCUCAUCAGUGUUAUUGCAGUUUCACUUGGGACCAUAGUCAUACUAAUAAUAAUCGCUGUGGCACUAUUUUUGUUAAAUUAAGACGUCACAAGAAGCAGCAAAAAGCUCAAGAACGAACACCAAUGUCAGGCACUCUGCUACACAAGUUUGAGGAAACAAAAAUAGCAGCGAAUGAAAUGAUUUACCAUCAGGCCCUUCCUGGAU